AUGGCUUCGAACGACAGUAAUGACGAAAAACCAAACUUACGACCAACUAAGCGUGUAGCUGCUGGUGGUAAAAGUGUUUUUUUACAUCAUAAUCCAAAUCAACCAUCAAAUAAAUCAUAUAUACAUGCAAUAUGGGAAAAUACGAAUGAAAAAACUAAAAAAAAUAUUUCUGAAAAACAAGAUCCAUUUGGUAUUCAACAACCUAAUAUUGAAUAUUCAUUAAAUAAAAAACAACGAUGGGAAGUUUUAAAUGAUUUUCGUCAACAUAUAACUAAUCAAUCAAGUUCAUCAUCAGACGAUGAACUUGAUGUGCAAUCAGAUUCUGAACAAUGUCCUAAAAAUCCAAUACAAAAAAAGAAAAAAACUCGACGACGUAAUAGAAAUACUCAUCAAACAAAAUAUCUUUUAUAUGAACUUCAUAAUACUGAACAACAAGCUAAUUGUGUUAGUAUUACGAGUAAUACAGGUCAACAACGUGCACAAGUACCAAAAAAAACCUAUAUGCAAAGUCCAUUGAAUACAUCAAAAUCAAGACAACAUGAUGUAACACAUGUGAAUGUUGCAAAUGAUAAUACCCAGCAAAGAACUGAUGCUGAUGUUACUUAUUAUGCUGUUGUACCACCCCCAAAGGAAAAACAAUUAAUCAAUAUUCGAAAACAACAUGGCACGAAAGCUAAAAAAGCUGUAGCAAGUAUUCAACGUUCGAAAUUUACUCAAGUUAAGGAUCGUUUGGAUGUUAUUGAACAAUUAGAAGAUGAUAAAGAACAAACAUCUACUGAUGAUGAUGAUGAUGAUGAUGUACCAACAACACCUACUUAUACUUCACAAAUACCGGCUAAAUUACAUUUAAAUGAUUUUAUUUCUAUUGUAUCAACAACAAAUGAGAAUAUUCCAAUAUCAUCAAUAACUGAGAAUUUAGUAACAGUAAAUAAAUUUGAUCCAAAAUCUUCAUGUUUUUAUCUUGAUGAUAUUGAUACAUCAAAACAUUCAAAAAAAUUUCAUAAACAAAUAAGUCGAGAAGAAAAACUUUAUAAUCGUGAUAAAGCUGUUUAUCUUCAAACGCAAAAAGAUCAUGGUAAAAAUAUUCAACCAAUUGAAAAAUUUCAUCAUCAUUUAAUGUCAUUAUCAUUUCGUUCAAUAUUAGUGACGAAAAAUGAUUUAAAUAUUGAUUAUUUAACAAAAAAAUUUGGAAAAAAUUUUAUUCAUGCUCAAUGUUAUCCAACAAAAUAUUUAAUUUGUUUAACUGAUCGUUUAAAAUCAUAUAAAUGGUUAAAUAAAUUUCAAUAUUUUCCUAUUUAUUCAAUACUUAAUUCUUAUCUUAUUAUUAUUUUAAAUGAUGAUAUAUCAAAUGAUGAAAAUUUUCUUCGAGUACAAGUUGGUCUUAAUAUGGAUUUAUAUGCUGAUACAAUUGAAAUUGAAAAUUUAUUUGAAUCAACAGAAUCAAUAUAUAAAAUAAAUGAUUUAAUUGAAAAAACAAUUGAAUUUAUAACAAUAUUACCAUUUGAUACAUUUAAACCAAUUGAUUCUGAAAUAAAUCGAAAAAAAUUUAUUGAAAAUAAUGAAGAUAGUGAAUUAAGUGAAAGUGAAUUUAUUAAUAAACAAAUUCGUCAAGUACAAUUAUUAGAUAGAAAUGAAAUACAAACACAAAUCACAAUUGAAAAUGAACAACAAUUAAAUAAUAUUGACAUAUCAAUAGAUGAAUAUGAAUUAAUUAAACCAGAUAUUUGUACAAGUUGUUAUCGUGAUAUGAAUGAAACAAUUCCUAUGACUGCAUUGAAAUCCUGUGCACAUUGGUUAUGUAAUGAUUGUUGGAAACAAUAUCUUGAAAAUUCUAUUAAACGUGUUAAUGUUGUUGUUUGUCCAGAAUGGAAUUGUUGCUCAAUGGUUGAUGUUGGUACAAUGUUAUCAUUGGUUAAUGUUCGUUGUAUGAACAUUUAUGAACGUAAUAUAGAAAAGUGUCUUGUAAAUUUAUCUCGUUCUUAUGUAAAAUGUCCAUUACAAUCAUGUUCAAAUAUUGUUCAAGUAAUUGGUGCACGUAUUGAUUAUAUACGUUGUCGUUGUGGUCAUCGAUUUUGUAUAAAUUGUAAACAAGAACCACAUUUUCCAGCAACAUGUAGUGCAUAUCGUCUAUAUAUGGACGAAGUCUUUCGAAAUGGAGAUCUUAUAUCUGAUUAUAAUGCUAUAACUCAAAUAAAAGGACGAAAUUGUGUAUCAUGCAAUAAUUUUAUUGAAAAAAAUGGUGGCUGUAAUCAUAUGACAUGUUCAUGUGGUGCUGAAUUUUGUUGGAGUUGUACAGGUUAUUGGAAAGAUCAUAAUGCACCGGAUGGAACAUUUCGUUGUCCAAAAGAAAUUAUACCAUUACAAGAAGAAACUAUAGCUAAACAACAUAGUCAAUCUCGACGAUUUUAUUUUGAUGCAAUUUUUCACCGACAUCAGCGUAUUCUUCAAAAUCAUCCUAAACAAAAAGAAAAUGCUAAACGUUUACUUGGUACAAUACCAUUAGAUAAAGGAAGUUUAUUUAAUAGUACACAUAUUAAAUCUCAAAUAGAUAAACGUGAAUCUGUUUUACGACAUUUAUUUGAAAUGGUUAAAUAUAUUGAAUAUUUACAUUGUGUAUGUGAAUUUAUAGCUGUUGCCGCUGAAGGUUAUGGAAAUAGUCCACGUGAAUUUCGUAAUAGUUUACAACCACUUGAAACAAUUGUUUUUAAUAUGAGUCAAGUGUUAGAAGGUGGAAAAGGUUAUAAAGCUAUUGAACAAUUAAAUCAAUUACAUGCAGCAAGUGAAAAAAUUCUUGAACGUCUUCGACGUGCUGUUACAUUAAGAGAAUUACGUCGAAUAAAAACAACUGGUUAUGUUACUUCGUAA